AUGUCAGUGCGCGUCAAGUUCGACAAACGCGCUGGCGCGCGGUCACGCCUGCUUGCCCGCAUUGAGCGGGGCAAACAGCGCGCAGCUCCACUUUCAAGCGACGACACAGCAAGCGCUCGGCACGCUACUCGUUCGCGCUUCUUUGCUAUGGACACGGCGGGGGAGGAUUUGAAGAGAUACUUGAUUGUUCAUCCGCUUUCUUCUUCCUCUGCGUCUCUUCUGUCUUCAAGUCCAGCUGCUAGCGAUUUAGAGAAAAAGAUCACUGCUCCUCGCAGCACGGAUACGAAAUACGAGCAAACAGCUUUCCCAACCAACAAGGCCGGGAAGCGCAAGAUGGAAGUCGAUACGCCCACUCCUCUACCCACUCAUUUUGGGAGUGCGCACGCAGAAGCUAUGGAUGGAAGUACACCACUCGACGGCGUGAUCAGCAUGGACGAUUUCAUGAUCCAGAACAAGCACGCGCAUGAAGCCCAAAAAGUCGUCAAGGAAACCAAGCAGUCUACAUCUGCUCCUCCCUCCAAGAAGCCCAAAACCCCCAACCAGAAAUCAACUCCACUCGUACCUGUAGCAGUCGGCGCCCGCUCCUCCCGACACACCAUCCUCCUCCACGAAAAAUACCAAGCCCUCGGCAUCCCCCAACCACUCUUCACCUACGGAGGCGGCAGCGAAACGGGCUGGACUGUUUCCGUUUCCUUCCCCGGUCUAGAUGAUGCGGAGGAGCUGCAAGGAUUAAAGUUCGAAGAAGAGAAAAAGUUCAAUAGCAAGCAAGAGGCCAAAGAGGCCAUGAGUCAGAAGGCGCUGGGUGUGUUGGAGGAGUUGGAGAAGGAGGGGAGGGUCAAGAAGGGUGGGAAGGGGAAGAAGAAGAAGGGGGGUGGUGAGGAGGAGGGGAAGGUUGGGGAAGUGGGAAAGGUUAAAGAGGAGAAGGAGAAGGGGCCGGGGGAGAAUUAUGUUGGGAAGUUACUUGAAUUCCAGCGCGCAACCGAUUCCCCCCAACCCACAUACACGGACUACCAAUCCGGGCAACGCUUCUCCUGCAUCAUCACCAUCGACGGCGAAGACCAACCCUUCGGCUCCAUCUCUAAUCUCUUCUCCUCAAAGAAAGCCGCUCGACAAGACGCCGCCCGCCACGCUGUCGACCAUUUCAAAGCCCUGGGUACCUGGCCCACUGACGACACCGCCGUCGGCGGCAUCCGAAAGAGAAAGAAAGCCUCACCCAUCGACCCAGAAACCAUCUCAAUAUCCCCACUACUAGAAAACUCCACUUCCCCCUCCACACCCCCCAUCCAAGCAACAACCCCCACCCCCGCGCCCCCAGGCACCCCUUCCUACGCCUCCCGCGUCGCCACCCUCGCCGUCACGCUCGCGCUUCCAACUCCAGAGUGGAACUACACGCCCCACCCCUCCGACCCUACCUUCCACAGCGUAUGCUGUUUCUUUAAAGGCGCGGGACAGCACGAGGGUCCGAUUGGCGAGGUGCGAAAUAUUUACGGCAGGAAGAAGGCGAAGGAGGAGUGUGCGAGGUUGACGCUGGAGUAUCUGACACAGGUUAAGGAGGAGAGGUUGAGGUAUGGGAUUAGUGUUAUGAGGGGGGUGCUUGGGAGUGAGGGGGUGGAGGGGGUGAUUGAGGGGGGGUUGGGGAGGGUUGGACUGGGUGAGGGCGAGGGAGUGGAGGCGGGUGGGGAGAAGAGGGUUGAGAGUGUGGGUGGGAAGGUGAGGUUGGGGAUGAGGCUUGAUGGUGUGGAUGAGAGUAGUGAGGAUGAGGUGUUUGCUGAUGCUAUGGAGGGCUAG